AUAUCCCUGGAUUCAUCCUCUUCGUAACAUCACUUCUAAGAGCCGGACUCGUUCUUUGGUCUUUACGUUUGGCUUUCCUCCUUUCGAAACCUCGUCCUCGCCUCCUCAAAGAGCUUCUCAACCCCACGCUCUCUUUGUGUCGCCUGGCUCUGAAAUCAGGCGCGAAGUACGCAGAAGCUCACCGAGAUUCGAGUCGCACCCUAGAGAGGCCGACCGUGUCCGACCCGCCGCUCAAAUCCUACCCUUCUUAUCCGUGUAGCGUGGAUAGAGAGAGCUUAGCUGUCACAGCGCGCGCAAUGCCCAGCAUGGCUGAUCUACAGGGACGGAAAGUCUUCAAGGUUUUCAACCAAGACUUUAUCGUCGACGAGCGGUAUACCGUCACUAAAGAGCUGGGGCAGGGUGCUUACGGCAUUGUUUGUGCUGCCGUAAACAACCAUACGAGUGAGGGUGUCGCCAUCAAGAAAGUCACCAACGUUUUCAGUAAGAAGAUUCUGGCCAAGCGCGCUCUGCGCGAGAUCAAGCUCCUGCAGCACUUUCGAGGCCACCGAAACAUCACGUGUCUCUACGAUAUGGACAUCCCCCGACCAGAAAACUUCAACGAGACGUAUCUGUACGAAGAAUUGAUGGAGUGCGAUCUGGCGGCCAUCAUACGCUCGGGUCAACCGCUUACGGACGCCCACUUCCAAUCUUUUAUCUACCAAAUCCUUUGCGGCCUGAAAUACAUCCAUUCCGCGAACGUCUUGCACCGCGACCUGAAGCCGGGUAACUUACUGGUCAACGCCGAUUGCGAACUAAAGAUUUGCGACUUCGGAUUAGCACGCGGCUUUUCUGUUGACCCGGAAGAGAACGCCGGCUACAUGACCGAGUACGUUGCCACACGUUGGUACCGUGCGCCCGAGAUCAUGUUGAGUUUCCAGAGCUAUACCAAAGCGAUUGACGUCUGGUCUGUGGGAUGCAUUCUCGCCGAACUGCUCGGCGGACGACCUUUCUUCAAGGGCCGCGACUAUGUUGACCAGCUCAACCAAAUUCUCCACAUUCUCGGAACCCCUAAUGAGGAUACUCUGUUGCGUAUCGGUUCCUCCCGCGCCCAGGAAUACGUCCGCAACUUGCCCUAUAUGGCCAAGAAGCUAUUCCCCGCCCUGUUCCCCAAUGCGAACCCAGAUGCGCUAGACCUCCUCGACCGCAUGCUUGCCUUCGACCCCUCGUCGCGCAUCAGCGUCGAGCAGGCGCUUGAGCACUCCUACUUGCAAAUCUGGCACGACGCAUCCGAUGAGCCUGACUGCCCAACCACCUUCAACUUCGACUUUGAGGUCGUCGACGAUGUCGGGCAGAUGCGCGAGAUGAUCAAGGAGGAAGUGCGCCGAUUUCGGCAGCUAGUCCGGACGGCACCCGGGAGCGUAGGCCAACCCGGCGGCCCCCAGCCGGCUGCUGGUCAGGUUCCCAUGCCAAAUGGUGCCAACUCCCAGUGGAGGGCCGACGACCCUCGACCACAGGAAUAUAUGAACCAGGUUGGCGGGCUCGAAGGGGAAUUGCAAGGCGGCCUCGACGCGAGCAGGAGGUAAUAUCGAUCAUCCCCAGCUUGUUCGCGAAAGAAGAGGAGAGGACCCGGAGAAAACAACACAACGCAACAUUGGGUAUGGCAAAGCGGUAUAAGUCGGUAUUGUGUAGACAGAUGCCGAAACAGAAACAGGUCAGUAGCAUGCGCCGCUAAAGGGCGGCCGCGUAUCGAGGACCCC